UUGCUAAGCAACGAGUCAACAAUUUAACAGAUUAAGAAACCGUAACUUACAGAUCCAGCAAUGUCUUCCAGGUAUUCGGCAAACCAGUAUGACAGCGCCUUUAAACCGCACAGGCUGCAGAACUGGUGUGAGACUAAGCACUUCAAAGAGAGACCUAGUGCACAGGUGGGCCGUACCACCUUCAUCGCUGAUGAUAGAGGACACCUGCUCCCAGGAGUGGGGAAGAGAGGCCUUGCAUGGCCUGACUUUAAAGGCACCUGGGAUCUACCUGCUCGCAUCCCAGGCCAGCGAAUCAACCCUACCGCCCGCUCUGUGGAGGGCCUCAACAGGCUCAAAUCAUGGGGACGGUACCCAAAGAACGCUGACAUGUCUCAGCCACACAGAGGCAGCAAAAGCACAAAUAGGCAGAAGGAAACUGGCGAGCAGACCAGUUUGAAAGUACUGCAGGAUGAUGCCACCCAGUCUGCUGCAGCUGAAGCCCGACCAGCUUCUCAGAAUUGGUCCACUACUGGGAGUGACAGAACUACCAACCAGAACCGGGCAGGCUCACAGGCAGCAACAGAACAAGCUACAGGAAAUGACAGGCUGCCUAGCCAUUGCUCUGCAGCUGAAAAGAAUUCAGCUUUGAAUCAGGCUGCUGUGGAGAAAAACCAUAUCAGGCCUGAUACUGGUGAGGGGAGACAAACAAGAAAUAUGUCAGCAAAAGCAGUCAGCCAGCCAUCACAAGCAUCCAUCGAGCAGAGACAGAGAAAGAUACAGCAAGACCUGUGAACAGUCCUUUGUUUCUCAGUGCAUCAGAAAAUGACAGAAACCUAUAAAAAUAAAUACACCUGAACAAUAGUAAUGUUGACCAGUUGUAAUGAAUCCAUUUUCAGCAUGUGAAUUAUGGAAAGGAAAAAAAUGGUAAUACAAGGAAAUGUUAUUGGUGUUGCCUGAAAUGUUACUGAUUGCACUCAAACUGCCCACUAUAUCAGCCCUUCACUUCUCCUGUGCCUUUUACCUCUAAUCUGAUUUUUUUUUUGUCAAGUUGACACUCCAAUCAAGAAUCUCUUAUUGUUCCAUCAGCUGACCAGUGUAAUGAGUUCCAGCAUUACUGAAUGAUGGAGAAGAAUAAAAUACAUUGUUCUCUCACACACGCUGUUGGUUAGUGGUAGGUUCAGCAGCAUUUUGCAGCUUUAGUCUGUCACAUUUGUAAAGCUUUGUAUACACUGGGUUCUGUUUUAUAAAGCUAAUCAUUGGGAAAUUGUAAGCAGCCCAUUUUUGUCUCCCACUAUAUCAAACCAUGAACGGAUGAAGUCAGAGUUUUUGGCAAAUACUGUGGUGUUUAUCCUCCAUCUUUGUUAAUCCAGACUGUAUUAAUUUGGAAUCUGUGGGUGCUCCCAGAAGACGGGGUAUGUGUUCAUUUAUUACACGAAAUGGGUUGAUUGGAUACUUCAUAAUUCAAUCCAGAAGCAGGGCAUGUGACC